UUCUAUUUAAAUUCUUAUAUUAUUCUUGAAUUCAUACUGUUUCCUUGCUUUGUUUCAGCUCCUCCUCCUCCUCCUCCACCUCCACCUUCCAGAGGAGGACCACCACCACCCCCACCUCCACAUAGUUCAGGACCCCCUCCUCCUCCUCCUCCAGUUCGUGGUCGAGGUGCACCACCACCUCCACCCCCAUCCCGAGCCCCAUCAGCGGCUCCUUCAGCAGCUCCCCCACCCCCUCCACCUUCCAGGCCAGGAGUAGGAGCUCCACCCCCACCACCAAGUAGGUUAUAUCCUCCCCCUCCUCCUCCAGUCCCAUCAGGCCCCCCACCACCACCUCCUCCAGCACAUCCUGUUCCUGGAGGUCCGGGAGCUGCUGGACCCCCACCGCCACCUCCUCCACCCCCACCUGGUCCUCCACCACCUGGCCCCCCUCCACUUCCUGCUGCAGUCGCUGAAAAUGAUUCUUUCCCUUCACCUACUGGCAACAAAUCAGCUCUGCUGGAUCAAAUCCGCGAAGGCACUCAGUUGAAGAAAGUUGAUCAAAGCAAUCGGCCAGUGUCUUCCUCAGGAAGGGAUGCACUAUUAGACCAGAUACGGCAGGGUAUACAGCUUAAGACCGUAAAUGACCAAGAUUCUUCUUCUCCUUCAACGCCUACGCCAACAGCAGGAAUUGUAGGAGCACUGAUGGAAGUGAUGCAGAAAAGGAGUAAAGCCAUUCACUCUUCAGAUGAAGAUGAGGAUGAAGAUGAAGAAGAAGACUUUGAUGAUGAUGAUGAAUGGGAAGAUUAGAUUUUCUUGCCAAGAUUGUAAACCUUUCUAUCUUUCUGAAUCUUGUAAAAUUGUCCUGUAAAUGUUCUGCAUAUUUUGCUGUAUAUUUUUGUUGCCUUUGCUCUUUUCAUAAUCUGUGCAAUACCUCAUUUAAUACUUCCCUUGACAAAGCAUUGUGGAUAAAGAUAUUCGCUAUGCAAAGUAUUUGUUGGGAAAUAUAAACAACUACAUAUGAAUGUGUUCAUUCCAACAACAAAAGAAAUUGUGGUUGAGUAGGAGCAAAGUUGACAGAACUUUAAUUAUGCUUGUUAAAAGCCAGAAUAGCAACACUAUUUUUUCAAGACCAUGCAAUUUCUGUACCUAAGAAGAAGCAUCUCUUAUUAAAGCUUCGCAUAGCACUAUAAUUUUUUAAAAUACAACGCUUCUAUUCGAUUCCUUCAGUACUUCAUUGUUCUGAAGCUCAUAAAAUUUUGCGCCCUUCUAAAGUAAUUUGUCACAUGAAUGCGCAGCUUACAGGCAGCUCAUUUGUGUCUUACUGUUUAGCAAUACUGCCUGGGUGAUUCAAAGAUGCACAGCAACUUGAGUGUUUUAUACUGUAUGCAGCAAUACUGUCUAUCAUGACUAUUUUUAGUUGAAAUCCCCUUAUCUGUUACUUUAUCAAAUAUUUAUGCUCCUGGCUUAUUCCAUGCCUGUCGGAAGUUAAGUCAAGCUUUUUGAAUAGGAAUUCAGGUCCUCUUGUGAAAAUUCUAAUUGCAAUCAGGGGACACAGAUUUUUAACCCUUAAAGUGACAGCAUUUCUUCUAAUCAUAGUGUGUAUUUGGCCGUGUUAAGGGUUAAUGGAAAAUAACCUAAUAUUCAGUUUUUUGGAGGUGAAGGCUGUGAUUAGGAAUUUGCAUUUAAUAUAUUCAUAAAGGGCUGUGCUUAAUGCUUGUUAAACUGCAAUUUGGGAAAUAUUGGAAGCGAACUGGUAAUAAUGAAUAUUGAGAUCAUUAUCUUUACAGUCCUUUUGACGUCUUUGGAUCAGAAUCGAAGAGCAAACUCAAUACAGAUUGCAAUUAUGAAGUGGAACUUUUAACGGAAAAAUAUAUAAAUAAAUGUUUAAGAUCACUGAAAACUAUCCUUUCUGGCUUUCAAAAUUUAUUAUGAGGGUGCAGAUGCAUUAUUGAUCACUGAUCUUUAUUGUCUUUCAUCCAGCUGCAAUAAUUGAGCCUUAUUAGCUACCACCAUAAAUCACUCCUCUCCUUUCAAUCUGUAAUCUCCAGUCCAAGGCUUUUGUGGACGGUGUAUGAGUUUAUUCUGUCCUGAUUUUUUGAACUGCUAGUUUGUGUUUAGGAUCUGUGACUAUUCACAGUACUAGUGUGAAGCAUUAUAGCUGUCUUGGUUCAGUUUCGGAAACCAGAAUAAUUUCAACGCUGUUGCGUAAUACUCUCCAUUUGUAAGAUUGUUACUGUUUUCUAAAACCUUAAAAAAAGAACUUUUCUCGUUCGCAGUUUUUGUUUUUUGCCUCAUCUCCUAAGUGUAAGUGAGAUUAAGGGAUGCUCAUAAAGCCUCAAGUUUAAAUGCCUGUAUCACUUUUCAUUUUCAAAAGUGUUAACUGUUGCAAUAAAAUUACAAGUUCUGUAAA